AUGCCGCGACGACUUCAGGAUGGGUCCGAAUGGAAAGAGACACCCUUCGACCUCGUGCCACAAUGGACGCGAGACCCUUCCAUUCCCGCCAUCGAAGUUGUGUGUCGGGAGCACCUGAGCAUCCCUCCGGAAGACCCCUGCACCGUGUUUUUCCACACCUCUGGUCUCUUUAACAAACUCUACAUUGUUGAAUACGCCCAACGCCGUGUCAUCAUGAGGGUCACGCUGCCUGUGUAUCCCGGCCUCAAAACGCGUGCCGAAUGGAUCUUGAUGGAGUUUAUAGAGGGCACACCAGCACAUACACGGUGGCGGACCAUGUCGAUGGAGCAGAAAGUCGCCUUCACAAAACAACUCGCGACAUUCCAAGCUGAGCUUUCGGGCUUUGGGAAACCAGAGGCCAUGCUCCGUGGAAUAGGAACGCUGGAACUCCGGGAGUUUGAGAAGGGGAAAGAGAUUCAAGGCCUGGGAAAGGUUGCUCCCGGUAUGCUUGUGUCCCAUGAGUUCUUUAUGGGUGAUCGAUUUCAGUACGAUAUCCCAAGGGGUCCCUUUCACUCCAGCCGCGACUGGCUCACCGCAGAGUUGAACAUCGUCAUGCUUGACCAGAAAGCAAUCAUCGACAGCUCCGAGGACGAAGACGACAAAGAAGAUGCUGAGGAGGUUAUUACGGUGGCGCAGAAAUUGCUCUCUCUUAUUCCCAAAGUGUUCCCUCCCAACCUGGACGAGCCAGAGACAACAGUUCUUUACCACCACGAUCUCCACCUUAAAAACAUCUUGGUAAGCGAAGAAGGGGAAAUCACAGCCGUUUUGGAUUGGGAAUGCGUCUCGGCCAUGCCUCUCUGGAUGACGACCAAGGUUCCCAGAUUUCUUGAUGAGCCUGUUCGAGAGGAGGAGCCGCAACGGGACACGUAUGCCGAUGAGACACCUGAGCAGGCUGCGGCCGCGGCAGAAAGGCGCCAUGAUCCGGACUACCUCGACAGUGAAGGCAAAAACAGCCUGUACUUCAUCCAUAAAAUGGAGUACGAAGCAACGCAGUUGCGGAAAGUUUACAAAGCGACCUUGAGACAGUUAUGGCCGGGUUGCCCGCAGGGAGAAGAAACCUUGAUGGAGGUGAACUUCCACCAUGCUGUAUCACAAUGCGACGGGAUAUGGGUGAAAAUGGCAGGCAGAUGGGCUGACCGCGUGCUGGCCGGUCAGUCCAUACUGUUGGAGGACGCCUGA